GGGGAGCGGGGCAGCGUCUGGCUGUGAGGCUAGUCCCACUGCGGCUGCGUAGUGAGGGUAUCAGCCGCCGCUGCUGCUGCUGCUCCUCCCAUCCCUCCCCCUCCACAAGGGGCUGAGGAACGCUUCGGAACUUCGACAGUUUCCGUCAGUUUCCGGAAUAGACCAGCGUCCUCCUACGCGUGGGCCCCCCCUGCUCCUUUCGGUAUUUCCCUUCACCGCUUCGGCUACUUCCGUACGGCCUCGGCUAGUGUCGUUAAUUUCCGCUCCUCCAUCGGAAAUGGCCGAAGACGUGUGUGAUCCUGCGGUUUAGGGGAGGUGGAGCAGACCGGCCGGCUUCUUGGAACAAACCAACUGUGCCUGGACGGGGGGGGGGGAGCAGGAUCGAACGGACGGAGGCGAAGAAGGCCGCAGCUACGGCUCCCCCCCCCCCCCCCCCCCGUUCGAGGGCGGCGGCGGGGUGAAGCCCAGGACGGCGCCUCCCAGAGGGGGGCUGCGUGGAGGCGCAGGAGUUGACCCUGUUGUUUGUCCAUGGGAACACUGUGAGAUCUGAGCAAGAAGGUGGUUGCGAAGGAGUCUGAAAGCGCCCAGAUAAAACUUUCUCAUUGGUGAUCACAGCUAUCUGACUGGUUGGAAGCUGGAUUCAGGUUGCAGAAACCUGAUUUUCAGGCAUGGCAGAGUAUCAGCAGCGCAGAGGUGAUGAGAGAGACUGAUGCUUAUCCAAGACUCUUGCAGCUUGUUUUCAACUAUGGCUGUUGAUUCUCCAUAUUCAUUGGAUGGUAAUGGAGGAUGUCAAGAGCAGUGGUAAGAGGUCGACUUGAUCCCAUUGUGGUUUUGUCGCCAUGACAACACCACAACACUACUAGCAACAGCCAGUUAACCAGCGACAAAAGGAGAAGUUCAGUGAUUGAUUCUAAUUGGACCAAAAGUUGCAUUUGAAACAAAAAGGCUGGAGGCAGCCAUCGUCACGACAAGAAGAUGAAAUUUCCAUUCUAUUGGCCCCUUAUUAAGCAGGCACAAUAACCUUUUCUUUUAGAGACUUGCUAAUAAAAACUGUUUUGGUUAUGGCUACUGAUCCAACGUGAUUGGGCGCGCACCGAUUCUCAGACUCAUGACUGGGUAUACCAUGUUGCGGAAUGGGGGAGUGGGGAAUGGCGGCCAACCCUGGGUGUUACGAUGGUCCAGUCGGAUCCGGCUCACCUGGCUUAGCUUUACUCUGUUCAUCAUCCUCGUCUUCUUCCCCCUCAUCGCCCACUACUACUUGACCACCAUUGAUGACGCGGAUGAUGCUGGUAAGCGCAUCUUCGGCCCCCGCACCGGAAAUGAGCUGUGUGAGGUGAAGCAUGUCCAGGACCUGUGCCGCAUCCGUGAGUCAGUCAGCGAGGAGCUGCUCCAGCUGGAGGCCAAGCGACAGGAGCUCAACAGCGAGAUCGCCAAGUUGAACCUGAAAAUCGAAGCCUGCAAGAAGAGCAUAGAAAACGCCAAGCAGGAUCUCCUGCAGCUGAAGAAUGUCAUCAGCCAGACUGAGCAUUCCUACAAAGAACUGAUGGCUCAGAACCAGCCAAAGCUCUCCUUGCCAAUCCGGCUGCUGCCAGACAAAGAUGAAGCUAACUUGCCUUUGCCAAAAUCCAACAGGAACUGCAGGCUGUACAACUGCUUUGACUACUCACGCUGCCCACUGACGUCUGGCUUCCCAGUGUAUGUCUACAACAGUGAUCAGUACCCUUUUGGUAGCUCCUUAGACCCUUUAAUUAAGCAAGCCUUUGAGGCAACCGUCAGAACUAAUGUUUAUGUUACUGAAAAUGCAAACAUUGCUUGUGUAUAUAUAAUUUUAGUGGGGGAAAUGCAAGAGCCCAUAAUGCCAAAACCUACUGAACUGGAGCAACAGUUGCACUCUUUGCCAUAUUGGAGGACUGAUGGACACAACCAUCUCAUCAUUAAUUUAUCGAGGAAAUCAGAAACUCAGAACUUUAUCUAUAACAUCAGCACAGGGCGUGCCAUGAUUGCCCAAUCCACCUUUUAUGAUGUACAGUAUCGGCCAGGUUUUGAUAUUGUGGUAUCGCCUCUAGUCCAUGCAAUGUCCGAACCCAACUUCCUAGAGAUUCCACCCCAGGUGCCAGUAAAGCGAAAGUACCUAUUCAGUUUCCAGGGAGAGAAAAUAGAGUCUCUUCGAUCCAGCUUGCAAGAGGUUCGUUCGUUUGAAGAGGAAAUCGAAGGCAAUGCCCCAGCUGACUAUGAUGAUCGGAUCAUUACCACCUUGAAGGCUGUCCAAGACAGUAAGUUGGACUUUGUCUUGGUGGAAUUCACUUGUAAGAACCAGCCUAAGGCAAGUCUGCCCACUGAGUGGGCACUUUGUGGAGAAAGGGAUGACAGAUUAGAGCUACUGAAGCUAUCUACUUUUGCACUGAUAAUCACACCAGGGGACACCCAUCUAUUGAUCUCUGCUGGGUGUGCCAUGAGACUCUUUGAGGCUCUGGAAGUCGGAGCCAUCCCAGUGAUUCUUGGAGAGCAAGUUCAGCUGCCCUAUCAUGAUGUGAUCCGGUGGAAUGAGGCAGCCUUAAUCAUACCAAAGCCACGUAUCACAGAAGUGCACUUUCUUCUGAGAAGCAUUUCUGACAACGAUCUCCUUACCAUGAGGAGGCAGGGCCGCUUCUUGUGGGAGACCUAUUUCUCCACAUCUGACAACGUGUUCAGCACAGUCUUAGCCAUCAUAAGGACUCGAAUUCAAAUCCCGGCUGCUCCUAUUCGAGAAGAAACUGCAGUGGAGAUUCCUCACCGCUCUGGGAAAGCUGCUGGUACUGAUCCCAACAUGGCAGACAAUGGUGACUUAGACUUGGGGCCUGUGGAAACAGAACCACCCUAUGCAUCUCCCAAAUACCUUCGCAAUUUUACUCUCACAGCAAUGGAUAUCUAUAGGAAUUGGAAUUCAGCUCCAGGGCCUUUCCACCUCUUUCCACACACACCUUUUGAUCCCGUUUUACCUUCAGAAGCUAAGUUUCUUGGGUCUGGGACUGGAUUUCGACCAAUUGGAGGAGGAGCAGGUGGUUCUGGGAAAGAGUUCCAAGCUGCCUUGGGUGGCAAUGUCCCAAGGGAGCAGUUCACAGUAGUCAUGUUAACCUACGAGCGGGAGGAAGUGUUAAUGAACUCCCUAGAGAGACUCAAUGGACUCCCUUACUUAAAUAAAGUUGUAGUAGUGUGGAACUCCCCCAAACUUCCCUCCGAAGACCUCUUGUGGCCAGAUAUCGGUGUCCCAGUCGUGGUUGUCCGCACAGAAAAGAACAGUCUGAACAACAGGUUCCUGCCAUGGGAUGAGAUCGAGACAGAGGCCAUUCUGUCUAUCGACGAUGACGCCCACCUUCGCCAUGACGAGAUCAUGUUUGGGUUCCGAGUCUGGAGAGAGGCAAGGGACCGCAUUGUUGGAUUCCCUGGGCGAUACCAUGCGUGGGACAUCCCCCAUCAAUCCUGGCUCUAUAACUCGAACUACUCUUGUGAACUGUCCAUGGUGCUGACUGGUGCUGCCUUCUUUCAUAAGUACUACGCCUACCUGUAUUCUUAUGUGAUGCCACAAGCCAUCCGUGACAUGGUCGACGAAUACAUCAACUGCGAGGAUAUUGCCAUGAACUUUCUAGUCUCUCACAUCACAAGGAAACCACCCAUCAAGGUGACCUCGCGCUGGACCUUCCGAUGCCCUGGCUGCCCUCAGGCCCUUUCACACGACGACUCGCACUUCCACGAGCGGCACAAGUGCAUCAACUUCUUCGUCAAGGUGUACGGGCACAUGCCCCUCCUGUAUACCCAGUUCCGCGUGGACUCCGUCCUCUUCAAGACCCGCCUACCCCACGACAAGACUAAAUGCUUCAAAUUCAUUUAGGACGGGAUCGCGGGGGGGGCCCCUUCGGCACUCUGGGCGCAGGCGAGAGGCGGAGGGGUGGCAAUCUGCGCCGGGUUCUGAGUGAGGAACGCCCCCAGUACGGGCUGCGACGCAAAGCCAAAGGGGAAAUCACGGAUUCUAAUCAAUACUUUCUGCCUGCCCGCCCCAGGGUAACUGCGCCGCGUUAAAUGGAACUGGCCCAUCUGACCUGCGUGAAUACACUGGCUAGGAUCGUACGCCGAGGAACUGGAGACUUUGGUUCGUAGCUCAGCUAGUCCAUUAGCCAGGGGCGACCGGUUUCUACACGCUUGUUAUUUAAAAUGAAAGUGUUUUAGAUUUGCCGAGUGAGGCUUUUUUUUUUUUUUUUUUUUUUAAAAGCCGGCCUGUCUAUCCUGCGGGGGGGGGCGAUUCCCAGCCCCCAAACAGCUCUUGCGUCUGUCAAUUGUCCUCUGUGCUAACUCGUUUCGGGGCAGGGGUACAGCCACUCUCUUGCUUCCCCUCCCUGUUUCGAUCGGCCCAAGUUAUAACGAGCCGGUGCAAGCAGCGGGCCGUGCUCCUCAGGUGCGAUGCCUCUGGUUUAUCUUCCUCUUUGGCUACUGAGGCCUUUCCGGUGUCACAUCAAUGAACUCACCUCCCCCGUCACCCUCCCCACCCACCGCCUUCACCUCACAGCCCAGAGAGGGAAGAGCAGAGAGGGGGGGUUCCAGAGGUUCCCUCCCCAACUCUCUUUCCCGGCUCCUAGGACCAGAUUUACAAGGGGGCUUUGUCCACCUGUCCUUCAGCUGGCUUCAGCUGCCACACUCUGUUCAGGGAUUCUGUUACCACUGCACACACUCAACCUGCACUUGGAGUUCCAGCCCAGUUCCUCUCCGCCCUGGUCUCGCUCAUUUCCCUUCCUGCUCCUCACUGCACGAACGCUAUUAACCUUCAGCCACUCUGACAGCCUUGGCUCCUGUUUGGGGAUCUUAAACCUUGCUUCUGUGGUGACAGACGUCUGCAGUAACCAGGGUGGGUGUGAUCUGGGGCGAUCCUGAGGCCCUGUGGUUUUCCGAAGCCUGCUUAGUUGUAAAGGGAGCUUGGUUUAAAUUGUCUCUAUUUUGGCCUUUUAGCAAGGGCAUCAGGAAUGCUCCCCAUCCUCUAGGGGCUUCAUUUGCUGAAGCUGGAGAUCUGUACCAAGAACGGCACGAGAUUCACUCCAAAGGCUCCAGGGCGUCAUCGUUAAUGGAGUAAAAAAGGCAGGUGCUGCUUAUGCAAAACCCUGGGGGGAUGGUCACACGCACAAGCCCAGUGGGAGCAGCUUCUUCCCCAGGGUGGCAGAGGGAGCUGGCCAUUGCUUUGCUAGUAGGUGCAUGGGGAGGCAGGCAUGUUAUAGGGUUCGUCUACACUGGAAUAAAAGACCUGCAGCAUGGCCAUGGUUGGCCCAGGGCACCUGACUGGGCCUUCCGGGCCUCAGGCUUCAGGGCUAAACAUUGCUGGGUAGAUGUUUGGGCUCAGGCAGGAGUCCAGGUUCCGGGAUCCUUCCCUCUCGUGGGGUCCCAGAACUUGGGCUCCAGCCCAAGCCCAAACAUCGACACAGCAAUUUUAGCGCCCCACAGCUGGAGCCAGCUGGCCCAGUCUGACUGUUGGUGUUUAAUUACUGUGUAGACGCACUCAGAGAAGCUGGUUUCGGUGAGAGGGCGCCGGUGGUGGUGGUGAGCAGGGCUUUCCACUGCCCUGCCCCUCAGAACUGGGGGCUCAGAUUCAGUAGGACUUACUCUGCUUCUCCUUCUGGGAUUGUGUCAAAUGCUUCUCUGGUCUUCAUGGGGCAGCGGGGAGAGAAUACACCCCCGCCCCCCCGAGCGUUACACAGCUUUAAACUGCCAGGAGGACCUAAGUGAAGUACCAGCGGGACUGGCUGCUUUACAAAGCCACACCUGCCAUGGUGUACUCACUUGCCUACACCCCCUAGGGCAGUCAGAUAAGACAGCCAUGGGCUUCAGUGUUGCUGCCUUAAAAUCUCCCCUCCUACACGCACACACCCCCCCUGCCACAGCAGGACACACACACAAACACACUGCUCCAGGAGGGCUCUUCUUCCUUUGGCGGUGAUCGCACUGGGGUUUAAUACAAACGCCUCCUCCUGCAGAAUUUGGGAGGGUCUCUUGAACCUCACUGUUUUCUCCGCUCUGAGCCUGCUCAUCUUCCUCUGAAGCAAACUGCCCCGGAGCUGUCCGUGGUGCUCUGUGACCCUCCCUGGCACCUGCACCCUUCUUGCUGCUGCGAUUUCUUUUUUUUGCUCCCUUGCCCGCGGCAGCGCACUCAUUCAUUUCCCAUAAUGCAAGAAGGGACCCCACAGUUCUCCUUUUCAGAACGACUGUGCCACUUCAAUUGUUCUACUUGAUUUUUAACGGCAGCCUGCAGAGGGUAAAGUAGCCGCGUCCCAGGAGCGCUCUCUGUAUGUAUUAAUUGUCCCCCAUUGCCAUCUAAAAUCAUCCUUAAUAUUAUCCCGUCAUCUCCCUGACCCUGAUUCUUGCCAGUGCUGGAUCCAGAUCUAAAGUGCCACCCCAACUACCAGAGUCUCUCAGCCAUGUGGAGUGAAACAAAGGGGUUUCGUGGUCCACUGCUGUGUUUCUACAGGUCCUUUGGACAGGCCUGAAAGCAGCCAGCACCAGCCAUGCCAAGGCCACCUUCCUCUUCCUUUCUGGGUACAUUCCUUCUGACCGCUGGUACUGGGAAACACCCCUGCACAUCCUGCUGCUCUUCAGAGGAGUUGUGCCUGCAGAACUGUGUAUGAGAGUGAUGCCACUGACCAUCAGCAAAACGGUGUCACUGCUCUCCACAAAUACACCCAACAGAGACCAAGAUACCUUUCUCUUACCGUUAGUAACCAGAGCGGGUUGGUUAUUAUGGUAGUUGCAAAGCUUUCAGAGGGAUAUGUGACUGGGUCCCUUUAACAAUAGGGUGCCUUUUUCCAAACUUUCCUGGGGAGGGUUGGUUGUCGUGGGGCGGGGCGGGGCAGGGGAAGGAACUGCCCACUUCUUAUUUGCCCCCUGGUCAGUUUGUUGUUCCUGUUGUGAUCUGCGAUGUUACAGAAUGGGAGCCUGUCGGAGCAAGGAUCGAUGAGCCAGCACCUGCAAGAUUACAAGCAAUGCCCAUUUUUGUGGAGUAAUCUGCCACAUACCCCUCUCUUCCCUGUCUCGAUCUAGCUAUCGGUGCAUUUGGCGUAUAAUCAGUAAGGUAAUUGACCUGGUACUUGAACUGUUAUUUUGAUUGUCUUUAAAGCUGAGCACUAUAGCCACAUAUCUCAUUUUCAGUAGCUUACUUCAAGUCUCCAGUACGGUUAGUUGAGAGGUACAUGAUCAGCUGCACGUGGCUGUAUUUUAGCUGAUUGUCCAUGUGAACCCCGCAGAAAAUCUGAUACCCAUGGUGGAAACUCCGCCGCUACCUCUCCACUGUGCUGGUAACUGCUGCCCGUCACGGCAUGCUGCUAAGGGCAAUGCUCCUGUUUCCAGGAGAGCAGAGGACAUGUCACUUUGUAUCUCUUCAUGUUUCCCAGCACCGUGGAGUGUAAUGAAACAAGAUCGUUUUUUUUUUUUAAAUUUGUUUUUAGCCACAAAAAUAUCAGGCUAUCGAAACAAACCCUUUGAAGGGUAACAGUCCUUAAAAAUGCAACCAGUGGCCAUUGAUAGACAGUGAAGGAGCCUGUGACAUCAUCUUUCCGCUCCCUCAUGGUGCAAAAGUAGCACAAGACUGUUAGCAAAUGUACCGGACUCCUCAUUGGCAGGAAUGAUCCUGAAUACCCAUCCCUACAGACGAGUCUUAAGCUCACCGAAAAGAAUCGCAAACCUUUCUGCUGUUGUCUUCAUUAAUUCUCCUCUCGUGAGGUUGGACCUAAAGAAGAUGCUUUUGACAGCAGCAUAGGUGUUUGUGUGGGAUGUAGAUCCCCUUCCAUCCCACAAAGAUGUAGCUCACUCCCUCAGCUCUCUCCCUUACACGACCCCGCAGGAAACAAGCAAGAAUUUAAAAUGGAGAUGAAUGCAGACUGUGGAUUGCACUUUAUAACAAAAAUUGUAAAAUGUGUAUAUAUAUAUAAAAAAAACUUGUGAUCAAA